AUGUUGCUGCUCGGCCUGCUCCUUCUCGGCCUCUGCUGUCCGGCCGCUCCUGCUCCUCAGGUUGGCGCUGCACCUUUCACCAGAAACAAGCUGCUGCUCAUCUCCUUCGAUGGGUUCCGCUGGGACUACGACCAGGACGUGGAAACUCCGAACCUGGACCAGAUGGCUGCUGAUGGCGUGAAAGCCGACUACGUCACUCCGCCGUACCUCACCAUCACGAGCCCCUCGCACUUCACCCUCAUCACAGGGCGUUACAUAGAGAACCACGGCGUCAUUCACAACAUGUGGUUCAACACCAGCACUCAGGAGAAGAAGCAGUAUUACAUGACGCAGUUUGUGGAUUCCUACUGGGACAACGGAAGUCUGCCCAUCUGGAUUACAGCGCAGAGACAGGGUCUGAAGGCUGGUUCUCUGCAUUUCCCCGGAACUGCUGCCACCUACAGAGGGGAAACCGUCCAGGUGAAAGAGGUGGAGCCUCGUUUCUACGACUACUCCAACGAAACUGACUGGCGGCUGAACGUUGACAAGGUCAUCGCCGACUGGUUCUUCAAACAAGAUCUGGACUUUGUGUCCCUGUACUUCGGUGAGCCGGAUAAGGUGGGACACAAAUAUGGACCCGAUUCUCCAGAACGCAGAGCGAUGAUACAGCAGGUGGAUCGCACCGUGGGCUACAUCAGGGAGAGGAUCCACGACUGUGGCCUGACAGACAGACUCAACGUCAUGAUCACCGCAGACCACGGGAUGACCACAGUGAUGCGAGGGGCGCCGGUCCAGGAGAUCAUCCUGUCAAAGAUUCCCGGGUUCAGCUUCAAGGACAUCAAAUUUCAUCUGGUGGAUUACGGCCCGUCUGGCAUGCUGCUCCCAAAAGAGGGCAUGUUGGAGAAGGUCUACCAGGCUCUGAAAGUCGGUCACCCUCAUCUGCAUGUGUACAAGAAGGAGGAGAUGCCAGAGAGACUGCACUACAGCAAGCACCCACGACUGCUGCCUCUCAUUCUGUUUGCUGACCGUGGUUAUGUGAUUAACGGGCUGUUCCCAGUUCAGUUCAACAAAGGAGAACACGGCUUCGACAACCAGGUUCUGGAUAUGAAGCCUCUGUUCAGGGCAGUGGGGCCGGACUUCCGGAAGAACCUGGUGGUGGGGCCAUUCGAGACGGUCAACGUGUACGCACUGAUGUGUCAUCUCCUGAAGAUCGCCCCAGAGGUGAACGACGGACUGCUGGAGAGGACCAGGCACAUGCUGGUCACUGAGAGCGGCACAGGAGGAGGCGAUGGUGACCGUGACGCAACCCAGCAAGCUGUCAUCGGCUUAUCAGCUGUUUGUGGUUUCCUGUUCCUGGUGUUUAUCGUCGCAACUUCCUACUCCUGCCUCACAAAAAGCAAAGAGCAAAAGAGGUGA